CAUAAAGUGAAACCCUUCAAAAUGGCCUUUCGCAACCAUCACUUUUAUGUUUUCUGCAUUUUGUGUGUUGGUUUAAGUUUGCUUUCAGGAUCAAACGCUUUUGAUUUUCCAAUUCCUCCAGGAAAGGUUUGCAUCAAAAACAAGUGCUCAAAUGAUUCACAUUGCAAUCAAGAAUGCAAACAAAAGGGCUUCAUAAAAGGUGGCAGUUGUUAUAGUUUCACUGAAGUAGAUUAUCGUUGUUGUUGUGUAAAGAAAUAGUUAUAUUGUAACCACUAUUGCACCAAAAUUAAUAAAAUAUUAAU